AUGUGAUAAAAUGUUGAUGAAACCUCUGCAUUCUCUGCUCCGUCGCUCAUUACACUCCAACUCUGAAUUUCUAAACAAACAGAGGAGAUAUGGGAAAAUCUGACAAAGCUGAAAGGGCCAAAGAGAGAAGAGAGAAGAGACUCCAAGAAAUAUCACUUCUCAGAACCAUUCCUUAUUCUGAUCACCAGAGGUGGUGGUCAGCAGAGACCGUUGCAGUGGUUACUGGGGGCAAUAGGGGUAUUGGGUUUGAGAUUUCAAGGCAGCUUGCGGCACAUGGAGUGACUGUUAUUCUCACAUCCAGAGACCACAGUGUGGGGCUUGAAGCAGCUAAGGUCUUCCAAGAGGGUGGUCUGAAUGUGUUUUGCCAUCAGCUCGAUGUGUUAGACACUUUGUCCAUCAACGAGUUUUGUGACUGGUUGAAACAAAAUUAUGGUGGCUUGGAUAUUCUGAUAAAUAAUGCAGCUGUUAAUUUCAAUCAAGGGUCUGAUAAUUCUGUCGAGUAUGCCUCUCAGGUCAUUACUACAAAUUAUUAUGGCAUCAAAAAUAUGAUCCAAGCUAUGAUCCCUUUGAUGAAACAUUCAGCUCAUGGAGGUCGAAUUGUUAAUGUGAGCUCCAGAUUGGGUAGAACAAAUGGCAAACGAAAUAAACUUGAAGAUGCGAAUUUGAGAGAGAAACUGAGCAAUAUUGACACGCUCUCAGAAGAAAUGAUUGAUCAAACAGUUUCGACUUUUUUACAACAAGUACAAGAGGGCACUUGGGAAUCAGGUGGGUGGCCUAAAACGUUCACUGACUACUCAAUAUCAAAGCUUGCAGUCAACACUUAUACCAGGCUAAUGGCGAGGAUAUUUUCAGAGAGACCAGAGGGUGAGAAAAUUUAUAUCAACUGUUACUGCCCAGGUUGGGUCAAGACUGCUAUGACAGGUUAUGCUGGGAAUAUUUCAGCUGAAGACGGAGCUGACACUGCAGUAUGGCUUGCCUUGCUUCCAGACCAAGCAGUAACAGGGAAAUUUUUUGCUGAGAGACGGGAGAUAAGUUUCUAAGGUAGUCUGGCUAAAGACUUAACAGAUUUUGUGAAAUACUUCAAUUGCUUCAUUAUGGACUUCCUUUCCGCUACAGCCAAAAUGAAAGUAAAAGUUGUAAUGCAAAAUAUAUCUUCAGCACUGCAAUACGCCAUGAGGGAAGACCUCAUGAAUUCUGUUGAAGAACAGAGCCAUCAACUCACUGUAGGAUGUGAUAGGAUGGACGAUCCUGUUAGUGAUGUCGACAAGGGUAUGCCACAUUCUUCUGUAUCAUCGGAAGCUCGAAUCUUUAAGCACCGUUUUGCUCCCAAUCUUGUUUACUAAUUGGGACUAAGACUAGAUUAAGUUGGGGAAGUCUUCACUCUAGUGAUUGUUAUGCCUCUGUUUCUUUCAUUUAGGCUUACCUGUCAAUGCAAGUGAUUUUUCUUGGUGCAUCUAUGAACAAAUUUGGUGUUGUGUUUAGAAAUAACACUUCUUAUCUAUUA